CUCCGCAAGCUCAACGACCUUCUGGGCAUUUACGUCGACAACGCCCGUUCCCGGGAAGUGGGGAACGCCGGCUUGCUUUUGCGCAUCACUGAAUCCGAAACAGAGGUGUCCCAGCAGCUGACGGGCCUGAAGGCCGUUUUCGAGACGGAGCUGGCGGAUGCCCGUGCGACUCUGGACUCUGAGGCCAAAGAGCGUGCACGUCUGGAGCUGGAGGUGAGCAAGCUGAGGGAGGAAAUCAAGGAGCUGAAGGUCAAACGCCGGCACGAGUUUCGCAUGGUGGAUUUUGAAAACGCCCCCCAGGAAGAUUAUGAAAGUAAACUGCCCGAAGCCUUGAUGAAGAUGCAAAGCCAGCAUGAACUUCAAAUUAAACUCUACCUUCAAAAAGAGGUAACCAUUUAUCAUUUGGACCUUAGAAUCUGUCUCAGCUGCAAAAGUUUAAAAAGUCUGUGUUGACACUAGCUUGCAGCCCGUGAUGCAAAAGUGAAAGAUCUGGAGGAGGCUCUGUCUCCAAAGAGAGACCUCCUCAGGGAGAAAGACCGAGAAAUGGUCGACAUGAGGGAGCGGUUGGAGCAGAAGCUGGAUAAGUAUCAGGAGCUAAUGGAUUUCAAGCUAGCGUUGGAUCUGGAGAUAAGUGCCUACAGGAAGGUGCUUGACAGCGAGGAGGAGAGGUUACGCUCGACCACGUCGGCCAGCGGGAAGAGGAAGCGUCCCAACGACACGGACAGCGAGGCUUCGAGCUUCGCCGGAAGCGCUGUGACUCGUACUCCCAUCACCCAGCAGGCCUCUGCUAGCGGGCAGGUCACCGUGGAUGAGGUGGAGCAGGACGGCAAAUAUGUCCGACUCAGCAAUAAAGGA